CCUUCCUAAUCACAUAAGAAGUAAAGAUAAUUUAUUAUACUGAAGCUUCAUUAACUUUAAGUUAGUAAGGAUUGAACCAUUAGGUACGUUAAUGGCUUGCCUCUCAAGUAAUAGUCAUCCCUCACCCACUCUAAAUCCACCUCGUACGUCCACGUAUGAGUGUGGCUGGAAUCCCUUUCUCUGUAAAAUAGUUUUCGCUCUAAAUCCUCUAACUUUAUAAACUGAUUUCACUCGUUUAUUUAUUUCACAUUUUCAUAACAAAAUUAUAAAUUGGAGUCACAAGAUGGUGUACUGAAGUAUUAAACAUGAGUUCACGAAAAAAAAAACACACACACAAAGGAAACAUGAAUCACCUCUAAAGGCAUUUAUUGUGGCUUUGUGAAUUUUUGAGAUUCUCUGCCUCUGAAGCAAAGCCAUGGAUCGAUCCCAGCAAAACACACACGCGAAACUCAUGACACGUGACAUCCACCGCCUGACACCAUCACCGACAGAAGCCAACUGUUUCUCGCUGGGUGCUAUCUCGUGGGUCUCACGCGUAGAGACAGUGGGCACGAUCGUCUCUCGCGACAUGGCCGAGAAGUUCCUCAAGUUCAGCGUUGACGAUGGCACUGGCUGCGUCACGUGCAUCAUGUGGCUCAACCAACUCACUUCUCCUUACUUCCACCGGUUCGACUCAUCGACGAUUCUUCUGCACUCAAGGGUCGCUCGUAGACAAGCAAGAGACAUCAGAAUCGGAGCCGUAGCUCGCGUUCGUGGCCGCGUCGGCUUGUACAGAGGAGGUAUGCAGAUCACCGCGACUAAUGUGGUAAUCGAGAGAGACCCUAACGCUGAGAUCUUGCACUGGUUGGAGUGUGUUAGGCUUAGUCGAAGCUGUUAUCGAAUUCAAAGUUAAUUAUGUAAUUAAGAGAAAAUGAUUUCAACUGUAACUCGUGGUUUAAGUCUUAUCAUUCAUCUCUGAGAAUGUCUAGUUUCUUCGCCUGUGUUGAAAUUGAAACUCGAACUGAUAACCCCUUACUUAAGUUAUAACUUUUGAACAUUAGUA